AUAUGCUUUUCCUUAGAUCUACACUACAUUGGCAAGACUGAAUGUAAAUUUAAUAUGCAGACGUGGCGCCUGAUGCUCUGUUCUGUCUAAAGUUUACUUGAAGACCAAAUUGUAUGAAGCUAUACAAUUUUCUCAAAGCGCCUGAGUGAAAGUAAUAUCAAAGUGUAUACCCACUAACUUCUUGAUUGUUUAUGUAGUUUCGUUUUGUAAACUAAAUAAACUAUUGUUCUGUAAACACGAUUUGCAAACUUAAUUGAAGAUGCCUCGUAAAGGUAAGAGAGUGGGUCGCCCCCCAGGGUCCAAGAAUAAAAAACCCAAGUCAAGCAACACAGAUCAACCAACAGAUAUCAAACAAGAAGUUAAUUCUGGACAAGUUUAUGUUUGUACAAUAUGUAAAAAGUCCUGUGACGAGGACGAAUGGGAGAGUCACGUGGAAAUCUGUCGUAUGAGUUCAAAUAAUAAGCAACCAUAUUGCUGCAAAGAAUGUGGGAAGAAAUUUAAGUUCAAAAAGAGUCAUCUUCAGCACAUAGAAAUGAACCACUCCACAUUACCUAAUAGUGUUGCUUGCACAAAAUGUAAAGUACGGUGUCCAAAUGAAACUGUUCUGAAGGAACACAUAGAGACAAUACAUGAAAGAGCCUUAUAUGUAUGUCCAGAAUGCAACAAAGAGUUUGUAAGACGAUCUCAUGUAACUCGUCAUAUGACACAAAGUGGCUGUCAUGGUCGUCAGUUAAAUUUGUAUCCUUGUGAAAUUUGCAAGUCAAAAUUCACAAGGAAAGAUAAUCUGAUCGUACAUCUUAGAACUCAGCACAUACAUAAAAGUGAAAAAUACUUUUUCUGCAAGUCAUGUACUUUUGAAACUAAAAACUUUUCUAGACUAGUAAAUCAUUGGCAUUUAAAACAUUCAGGGACACCAAAUUAUUAUGAAUGCUAUCAUUGCGGUAAAUCUACCAGUUCCCGAGCAGCCAUGGCCAAACAUUUAGAAAUACAUGGAGAGAAAAACUACACCUGUGAAGUGUGUGGCUAUGCUACAUACACGGUAGAAGUAAUGCGGCGUCACAUCUUGACUCACGUUACGGAUAAACCUCACAAAUGCAAGCAUUGUAACAGGUCGUACAUACAGAAAUCGCAGCUUCAGCGACAUCUAGACAAGCACAAUACGCAGAAAAUGUGCCUUAAAUGUGGAGAAACUUUCUCGAGAACAUGCCAAUUGUUAGACCACAAAAACGUACACAAAGGAAAUAGCAAAUUCGCGUGUCGUUUCCAAGAUUGCCAGUUCUCUAAAAAACCAUUUUUAAGUGAGGCUCAAUUGCAGAAACACGUAAAAGUGCACCUCGAAGAUAGACCAUACGAGUGCGAAGUGUGCGGCAAGCGGUUCGCGGUGGAGCUGCACAUGCGGCGGCACCUGUCCACGCACACACUGGAGCGGCCGCGGCGCUGCAUGUACUGCGUGUCGGCGCGCGCCUACGUGCGAGGCGAGAAGCUCGUAAAGCACGUGCGCGUGCAUCACCCCACCGUGUUCAGUGCGCACCUCAAGCACGUGCGCACGGUGCUCGGUAUCGAAGCGAAUACGGUGAGAGUGAAGAAGUCGGAACUAGAGUGUAUAUUGAACAUGCUGGACGCGGAGUCGGAUCGGAUCAUGGACGGCUACGGGGGGACCGGCGUGUUGUACGGCGGCAUGCAGGAACAAAAAGAUGUCAACGAAAACAGUGACGAAAACAUCUCUACGCAAAACGAUAAUGGACCAUUGAUGACAGAAGAGGAGCUUUUGGACAACUUAGGGAAAAUGCUGUUCAAACUGAUUGAUUCAGACACACUCGAGUGUUUCGGUUGGCCCGACGAGCCAGUUGAUGUGGUGUUAGAGAAAGUGAUCGAGCACUGCGGAGCUAAACCAGCGGAUCGCACGAUGUGGACGCGCAUGCAACGCCUCCGAGAGAACACGAAGCAUCUCUUCCUGUACGUGAUAGACGACAAGAACAUCGCCCGCAUGCUGGACACGCACACCAUAGACCAGAUCGUCAAACAUAUACUCGCCCAAGUCAGCGACACCGACAAAUGAUUAUGUUCGACUUCAACAGUGUGCCCCUUAACUUAUUGAAGUCGAUGGAGAAUCCGCGGCAUUGUCAUACAGUACACGCGCGUGUCCCGUGGUAGGACCUCUUGUGAGUCCGCGCGGGAACACUAUCAAUCGAUGGGUUGUGACUUCAAUAGAGCGAUUUAGGUUGAUAUAACUAAUUAUUUCAAUUUGCAUUUUGCUUAUAAAUUUGAGUAUAGUAAAACAUUUAUUUUAUGCAGUUGUAUAUCAUAUAACAAAACGUGAUGAAUAUGUGAAGUGAUAUCAUAUUGUAGUUAUAAGGGAGAUCGGGUAGACGUUACUGGACUUAAAAUAAAUAAUAAAAACUAAUCGAAGGUUUAGGUCAGGAAUGAAAGAUAUUAGUGAAAAUGUCCUAUAGAACAUUUAUGAUGGACCCUUCUAAAUCAGUCAAUUAAUGAGCGUAUGGCAAAGGGUUAUAAAUAAUAAAAAAAAACUAUAAUCUUCUUAUGAAGCUUAUGAAGCUUCGAUAACUCUUAUGAAUGAGACCAUGUUUUUUUUAUUAUUAUUACUGUAAUUAGAUGAGUGUACGGCUCGAUUAAGGAUUGUGGCGUCAUGUAAUAUUUGUUGGUGCACACAACAUGAGUUGAGGCCGGGGUCUUAGCUUGACUUUUGCGAGUCCACCAUCUCACGCAACGGGAGAGGGAGAGCUCUUCUUCCCCCUAGGCGUCGUGCCACGUCGUCGACUAUCGCCUCGACGACCCGUCGAUCGGGCGUCCUCGGGGUGGCACCGCGAAUCUGGCUGUAGUGUUGACCGCGGGAACCGCGCACCGUUUAGUGCGAUAGAACCCUAACGUCCUUGGGUCCGCGGUGUGCUUCCAACAUCUGCAGAUCGUCAUGUCCCGCACUCCCCCUAGGCGCCUACCUCGUAUGAGGUUCAGCCCGAAAAAAAAUGAGUCUUAGCUUGGUCAAUUUACGUUCCGAAUGUUUAUUUAGGCCUUAUUUAAGCAAACUUUUUAUUAAACCCCUCGAGAUCUUUCAUACAGGAUGCUGCAUCAAUGAACAAGGAUAGAGCCGAUGUUAUUUAUGCCACUUCCAAACCUCGGGAUGCUGGCCGGCCCCGGACCCUCUCUGGCACCCAGCGGCUGCACGUAGGGUCGUUUUACGUAGUGAUAACGAUUGAACUUUGAAAUAUUUCCUAAUUCUCGUUCAGAUAUUAUAAAAUCUAUCGGUUCGAUUAUGUACGCUAAUCAUCCCAAUUAGCUAUACCAAUUUGGAUGUUGCAAUAUUUACUAUUUGCGUCUUUAAUUAUAUCUAUCGAUUAUCAUAAUAGUUACUAUGGAAUACGUGCUCGAUCCUAUUACCUAUCUGAAAAGUUGGGAGUGUAAAUCAUAAUUCUUAAAAAUCAUGUAUAAAUAGACCUUAUAUGUUCUAUGUAAUUUGCAUAAAUAGAUUUUUAUAAUAAAUGUAAAAAAAGUUUGAACAAAUUUAAUGCAUUUUAAACAGGAUGUUAUAAAUCGAUCAACAGUUUAUUUUAGAUCAUUAAAGGUAUAAAGGUAGUGAUGAUACCAAAUCAAUUUAAAGUUAUUUGUAAUUACAUUAUGUACGGAAGUUGUUUGUUUAAUUUAUAUAAGGCUUAAAUAUCGAAUAUAUAGUGACUGAAUUAAAUAGAGCAUGUGACAAAUCAAACUUCUACUAAUAAUAGUAAUACUCGUACAUACUAUGCAGAAAUGUAAAAAGUAUAAAAAAACUAUAAAAACUAUAGCAGGAUUUCGCCUGUCGUCUGUUGCUUGUUUAUAAAAAUAGAUUUUAAGUCUUUUUACUAAUGUUAUACCUAAAUAUGUUUUAGAUUGAUUCAUCAACCUUUGUUAAUUUUCAAGAUGCGUGAUUGUUAUAUAAUUCAUUUAGGGAUGCGGUAAAUUAUUAGGCUAUGAUAAUUAUAAAGAAGCGAAUUAGUAUUAAGUGCCUUAUAAACUUUCUAUUUUUAUCUAUUACUUCGUUACUAUUGUAUAAAUUGAUUUUUGAUCAUUUGAUUUUUUUUUAAAUCUUCAUUCUUUUUUUUUUAUUGUUUUAUAGCUUAAUUUUUUAUCCGCUAAUAUAUUAGUUAAGAUAUAUAAACUUUGAAAAUGCAUAUUUUAUAAAUAUUGUUUGAUAAAUAUGUUUUUGAUGUUAUUUCUUAUUUAGUAGUUUAGGUCGGUUAUUUAUUAAAAGCGGUAUAAUGUACUUGAGUUGGUGCUUUCCAUAUUUAGAGAGAAGGUAUAAUAUCAAAUUUCACGAUAUCCCACAAAUGUUUUUUUUAUUUAUUAAUUUUACUACGAAAACCUUACACAGUUUUACAACAUAUUUCAUGGAUAUGACAAAGGAAACUUAAAGAACACCCUUGAAUAAAAUACAAGCAUAAAUAAAAUUAAGUAAAUUUCGGAUUUAUGAAAAAAUGGGAUCUAAUUUUAUUUGUGAGACGUGAUAUUUUACACUUCUGGUUUUAAAUUUUGGUAUUGGUAAUUGUAUUUAGGUAU